ACAUUAUCGCAUAGUCCUGAAAAACAAGUGAACGUUACGUCCUGCCACAGUUGAUUUCUGUUGUGAAGUUCGGGGAAUUAAUGUUAUAAGUGGAGUGUGUUUUCGAUUUCGCGUUGAUAGAAAGCUGCUUUUUCGGGCUGAAACUUCUAAUUUCCAAGCGUCUGUAUUGAACUUUGGUUGAACUUUACUGUGUCUACUGGAUAAUGGAGGAGGAAAAGCCUGAUUCUCCACCAACGCCCGCGAAAAGUCUCGCGGAAUCCGACGGGAAAUCUAGCCCAAAAUCGCCGACGAUCCGUGCACUGCGCAUGCGCUUUCAUCGUAUGCUAAGCGCGGGAAAUUUAAAAUCGGGCGGUUCUUCGGGAGUGGACUCGACCAAAGGAUAUCGCAGCUUCGACGAGGACGCGCUAGCGUUCUACAAGAGCAGGACGAGACUUGGAAUGCCUAUGAAAAAAACUGCUAGGAGAAGACCUCUAUAUAAAAGGGUCCACGAGAAAUGCUUGAACUGGGCUGCCCUGGACGCACCAAGACCCAGCUCUUUCAACGAGAAAGAUUUGAGGUAA